GGUCACACUCAAGCCAACCGCAUUUUUUUCUGUGAAAGUUGGAAAAUUAGCCGAAAAGAUUGUAAAUAUUUAUUAAAAACAGCCAAAAACCGCACUUCAAUAAGCAGUAAAAAUGGCGCGAAAGAAUGCCCAGGCGGAGGACCUCUCGAACGUGGAGUUCGAGACGAGCGAGGACGUGGAGGUGAUUCCCACCUUCAACGCCAUGAACCUGAAGGAGGAGCUGCUACGCGGCAUCUACGCGUACGGCUUUGAGAAACCCUCGGCCAUCCAGCAGAGGAGCAUCAAACCCAUUGUCAAGGGACGCGAUGUGAUUGCCCAGGCGCAAUCGGGAACGGGUAAAACGGCCACCUUCUCCAUCUCCAUCCUGCAGAGCCUGGACACCACGCUGCGGGAGACCCAGGUCCUGUGCCUGUCGCCCACCCGCGAGUUGGCCGUGCAGAUCCAGAAGGUGAUCCUGGCCCUCGGCGACAUGAUGAACGUCCAGUGCCAUGUGUGCAUCGGCGGCACCAACCUGGGCGAGGAUAUCCGAAAAUUAGACUACGGCCAGCACAUUGUGAGCGGCACUCCCGGACGAGUAUUCGACAUGAUCAAGCGACGGGUGCUGCGAACAAGGGCCAUCAAGAUGCUGGUGCUGGACGAAGCCGAUGAGAUGUUGAACAAAGGCUUUAAGGAACAGAUUUACGAUGUGUAUCGCUACUUGCCACCUGCCACACAGGUGGUGCUCAUCUCGGCCACCUUGCCCCACGAGAUACUCGAAAUGACCUCCAAAUUCAUGACAGAUCCCAUUCGCAUCUUGGUCAAGCGCGAUGAAUUGACGCUGGAAGGCAUUAAGCAGUUCUUCGUGGCCGUGGAGCGUGAGGAGUGGAAAUUCGACACUCUGUGCGAUCUGUACGACACCCUGACCAUUACCCAGGCCGUUAUCUUCUGCAAUACUAAGCGCAAGGUGGACUGGCUGACGGAGAAGAUGCGCGAGGCCAACUUCACAGUGAGCUCCAUGCACGGCGACAUGCCGCAAAAGGAGCGUGACGAGAUCAUGAAGGAGUUCCGAGCCGGCCAGUCGCGUGUCCUCAUUACAACCGACGUGUGGGCUCGCGGUAUUGAUGUGCAGCAGGUCUCGCUGGUCAUUAACUACGAUUUGCCCAACAAUCGUGAGCUGUACAUCCACCGCAUCGGUCGGUCGGGUCGCUUCGGACGCAAGGGUGUCGCCAUCAACUUUGUCAAGUCCGACGAUAUCCGCAUCCUGCGCGACAUUGAACAGUACUACUCUACACAAAUCGACGAGAUGCCCAUGAACGUGGCCGACUUGAUCUAAGCUAAUAUUCUAUUUCUACUUUUAUGUAACGCAUCUUUUCCUAGCCGUAACAACAAACGAAUGAAGUAAAUACAUUUGAAGAGUAUUUGGCUUUCGAUAGACAACCAAAAUCUGUAUAAUAAUAAAUAACACAUAAGAAUUUAAUACAGAAA